UCGGCGCCGCCCGCCCCCCCGGCGCAGCCAAGAUGGCGGAGGGGCUGGAGCGCGUCCGCGUCUCGGCCGCCGAGCUGCGGGACAUGGUGGCGGCGCAGGCCCGCGCGGCCGGCGGCGGGCGAGAAAACAUGAAGGAGGUGAAGGAGCCGAGGCAUCGCAAAGACAACAGGCGCCCAGACCAGGAGAUUUACAAGCCUGGCCUCUCCAGACUGAGGAGCAAACUUGUGUCACCAAAGCAAGAGGCCUCAGAGAAGGAAAGGAGCAGAGCUGAGGAGGACAAGGAGGAGAGUGCUGGGGACAAGAACUCUGUGGGAAUGGGAGCUCCAGCUGUGGAGAACUGUGACACAAGCGAUGGCCCCAAGCAGAACGGUCCUUCACAGGAAAAGGAAGAAACGGAGACCAAAGGCAGCCUGCAAAGCCAGGAAAACUCAUCCAAGCAGCCCAUGGUGGAUGAGUGGUGUACAAAGACCCCCAGGAGAACCAAGAAACCAGACCAACAGAUCUACCAGCCUGGGAAACGCCUGCACUCUGCUGCUAAAGAACCCUCCCUGGCCAGCGAGGAAAUCACCGGGAGGAUGGAGCAGCUGAAAGUCGAGGGAGAUGAAGAGACUGAGAAAGGCACUGGAAAAGAUAACAAUAGGAAAAUUAAAUCGAGCAAGGAGGACAGAGAGGGGAGCCAGGCAGGGGAAGCAGUGAAAGCCUCCAGGGGGGAUAAAGGGAGACGAGCAGAGCGAAGUGACAGGGUGAGGAGGGCGGGGGACGAGGUGCUGCCGGGGAAGCUGGGCUCCACCAAGCGCUAUUCCCGCACGGACAAGCGGCGGAGCCGGUACCGCACCUGCAGCACCAGCUCAGCCGGGAGCAACAACAGCACGGACGGAGCCCUGCUCGUGGAUGGGGUGCAGAGGAGGCAGGAGCGUGCCAGGGAAAGGAUACGUCCUAGGAAGCAGCUCUCCGUGUCCUCCACAGACUCCUUGGACGAUGACAGGAUUGACGAGGCUGAGGUGUACGUCUCCAGCAGGAAGUCGGACAGGAGAAGGCAUUCGGAGCAGAGCCGAGCUUCCAGGAGCGAGAGCGAAUGGAGCAGCAACGGCAGGGAAGUCAAGGGACCCUUUCGAGUGACUUUUGACAGCAGGACCAUGAACAGGGACGUCAGCCUGGCAGAUACAGAUAAAAAAAAGUCCCUGAAGGCCUUAGAGGUUUCAGAGGCGAGGAGCCAAAGCAGGGAGCCCCAAGGGAGGGGCCGUGGGAUCCUGUUCCUGCCUGCCAACACGGACCUCUCUGCCAGUCCAGUGGGUGUCCCUGAAGCCACUCACCCCGGGCCCAGGCUCCUGCUGGGCGGGGCUGGCAAAGGCCCCCGGAGCCGGGGCCGAGGUGGCACCGCCCGCCGGCUGUGGGACCCAAACAACCCGGACCAAAAACCCGCCCUGAAGAGCCAGACUGCUCAGCUUCACUUCCUAGACACGGAUGAUGAAGUGAGCCCCACCUCCUGGGGGGAAGCCCGCCAGACCCAACCUUCCUACUAUAAAUUCCAAAACUCUGACAACCCCUAUUAUUACCCUCGUGCCUCCGGGCAAGGCCCCCAGUAUCCCUACGGUGGAUAUUCCCUGCAGUAUCCUAUGGGUCCAACCAACGGGGUGUACCCAGGAGCCUAUUACCCUGGGUACCCUGGCCAGGCAGGGCAGUACCUGUGUGGCCCACUCCCCCCUACUCCUCUGAGCCCCGAGAUGGAGCAGCAGAUGAGGAACAUGCAGCAGCAGGAGCUCAGCAAACUCCUGCGUGAGGCUGGGAACCAGGAGCAGCAGCUCAGCAACCUCCUGUCCAGAGACCGCAUCAGCCCAGAGGGGCUGGAGAAGAUGGCUCAGCUGAGGGUGGAGAUGCUGCAGCUCUAUGAACGGUGCAUCCUCAUGGAUAUUGAGUUCUCUGACACCCAGAACGUGGACCAGUUGCUGUGGAAAAAUGCUUUUUACCAGGUGAUUGAGAAAUUCCGGCAGCUCCUCAAGGACCCUCAGGGGGAAAAUGCCCAAGAAAUUAGGAACAAACUGCUCUUGCUUCUGGAUGAGGGCUCUUCUUUUUUUGAUGGCCUCCUCCAGAAGCUGCAGGUGUCCUACCAGUUCAAGCUGGAGGACUACAUGGAUGGGAUGGCUAUCCGCAGUAAACCUCUCAGGAAAAUGGUGAAGUACGCCCUGAUCAGUGCCCAGAGGUGCAUGAUCUGCCAGGGGGACAUUUGCCGGUACAGGGAACAGGCCAACGACACGGCGAACUACGGCAAGGCCCGCAGCUGGUACCUGAAGGCUCAGCAAAUUGCUCCCAAAAACGGCCGCCCCUACAACCAGCUGGCACUUCUGGCCAUCUACACGAGGAGGAAGCUGGAUGCUGUGUACUACUACAUGCGCAGCCUGGCUGCCAGCAACCCCAUCCUCACUGCCAAGGAGAGCCUCAUGAGUCUCUUUGAGGAGACAAAACGCAAGUCCGAGCAGAUGGAGCAGAGGAAACAUCAGGUGCUGGAUGUGAGCCCCAACCGCCGGGGCAAGGGCAAGAAAUCCACCCUGCGACAGGUGGGAGAUGAUGCCACCAGGCUGGAGAUCUGGAUCCAUCCCUCCCACCCCCGCUCCUCCCAGGGCCACGAGUCCAGCCGGGAUUCUGAGCAGGACAACGGGCUUGGGAACCUCAGCCCCAGCGACCUGAACAAAAGGUUCAUCCUCAGUUUUCUCCAUGCCCAUGGGAAGCUGUUUACCAGGAUUGGGAUGGAGACUUUCCCUGCGGUGGCCGAGGAGGUCCUGAGGGAGUUCCAGGUGCUGCUGCAGCACAGCCCCCCUCCCAUCGGAAGCACCCGCAUGCUCCAGCUCAUGGCCAUCAACAUGUUUGCAGUGUACAACUCCCAGCCCAAAGAGUGCAUCUCUGAGGAUUGCCGCUCUGUCAUCCAGGAACAGGCCACGGCCCUGGGGCUCUCCAUGUUUGCACUCCUGGUGAGGAGGUGCACCAACCUGCUGAGGGAAUGUGUGCCAGUUCAGCCACAAGAGAUGGAGCAGGAGGAUGAGGAGGACGACAUCAAGGUCUCUGCCUUGCCCCAGGACCUGAAGGAGCUGCUCCCCAGUGUGAAGGUCUGGUCGGACUGGAUGCUUGGCCACCCGGACACCUGGAAUCCUCCUCCAACGUCUCUUGAGCUCCCCAAACAGGUCUCAGUAGAUGUGUGGGCGACGCUGGCUGACUUCUGUAACAUACUGACCACAGUGAAUCAGUCGGAGGUGCCCUUGUACAAGGACCCAGAUGACGACCUUGCCCUGCUUAGCCUGGAAGAGGAUCGGCUGCUCUCGGGCUUCGUUCCCCUGCUGGUCGCCCCCCAGGAGCCCUGCUACGUGGAGAGGACCUCGGACAAGGUUAUUGCAGCCGACUGCAAGAGGGUCACAGUUCUGAAGUAUUUCCUGGAAGCCCUUUGUGGACAAGAAGAGCCUUUGCUGGCAUUCAAGGGUGGAAAAUAUGUGUCAGUGGCACCCGUCCCAGACGCCAUGGGAAAGGAAAUGGGAAGCCAAGAGGGAAAACAACUGGAAGAUCAGAAGGAGGAUGAUGUGAGGAUUGAGGCCUUUGAAGAUGACUCUGAGACUGAAGGCAGUGGAGGAGAGAUGGACAUCAAGGAGCUCAGAGCCAAAAAGCAAGCACUGGCCAGGAAAGUCGCUGAGCAGCAGCGCCGUCAAGACAAGAUUCAGGCCGUGCUGAAAGACCAGAGCCAAAUGAGGCAGAUGGAGCUGGAGAUCAGACCUGUCUUUCUGGUCCCAGACACCAAUGGUUUCAUCGACCACCUCAGCAGUUUGGUCACACUGCUGGACUGCAGGAAGUUCAUCCUGGUGGUGCCCCUGAUCGUGAUAAACGAGCUGGAUGGCCUGGCCAAGGGCCCAGAGAUGGAGCACCGGGCUGCAGGCUAUGCCCGCCAAGUGCAGGAGAGAGCCAGGAAGUCCAUCGAGUUCCUGGAGGAGCGAUUCGAGAGCCGGGACAACUGUUUGAGGGCUCUGACCAGCCGAGGCAACGAGCUGGAGUCCAUCUCCUUCCGCAGCGAGGACACCACUGGCCAGCAGGGAAACAAUGAUGACCUGAUUCUGUCCUGCUGCCUCCACUAUUGCAAUGACAAGGCCAAGGAUUUCAUGCCUUCCAACAAAGACGAUCCCAUCCGUUUGCUCAGGGAAGUGGUUUUGCUGACGGACGACCGGAACCUGCGAGUCAAAGCGCUGACCCGCAACGUGCCGGUGCGGGACAUCCCCACCUUCCUCAAGUGGGCUCAGGAGGGCUGAGGAGGCCAAGCGGGGCCCAGGGCCCCUGAGCGAGUCACGCAGCCCCUGACGGCGGGAGCCCGGCUCCAGCGCCGCCACCGCCGCCAGCCCACCACGAACAAUAAACGCCACGUCUUCAACCCA